UGGAACGGCAUUCACAUUUAUCAGAAGCUCUUAUCCAGCACAGCUUACAGAAGUGCGUCUAUCAAGCUUUAGGCAACAAGCAGAGAGGAUGUGACACCAUCAGUGUCACAGCCAAUGACAGUGCACAGGAACAGGAAGUGGGACAAUUGAAUGAAUAAAUAACAAAUCUCUCAAUUUUUCUUUUGCAGGUCAUUUAUCUUCCUCCAGCUCCACUGCAGGUAUAGAUUUCUCUGGAUGGGGCUUGGGAAAUAAACCCUUAGGCUGAGCUCAGAGCCCUGUCAAUCACACAAACACAAAGGCCUUUCUCAUGCCCAAUAAAGAUAACAAUGCAUUUUAAGUUAUUUAUUUUAUUGUUUUAGGUACUCCUGGAAUGACUACCAAACCAACAACACAGUCAGUUGCGACCAAAUGGCCAGUGCCCCCAUUAGAGGCUCUGCCCAGGCUGUCUAUCCCAACAGUGGCCUUCCUGGUGGUAGUGGUGCUGUUGUUCCUGCUUCUGGUGGUGCUGGGUGUUCUGCUGCUCCAGAACAGAGAGCUGAGGAGAGCCCUGUCUCAACGGGACCACGCCCCUCUGCACGAAGCCGUCUACGAGGAGAUCGAGUGCAAACUGGCUGAAAGGGGAACCGACAGUGCCCUCCGGUGGGGGAGUCGCCUAUCUGAGGAUCCGCCCUCUGGGUAUGAAGACGUGGGAGAAGGCGAGGGACUCUCCCUCUCAGGGGACCUGGUGACGGAGGACACACCAGAGAACUAUGAUGAUGUCAUCACUGCAGAUAAGCAUCCAGACAGUGUGACAGGGGAGCUGGUGGACGGAGAUGCACCAGAGCGCUAUGAUGAUGUCAUCACCAUGCAGCCAGGCCCAGAUGCUUUUCCAGGGUAUCAUGUGACAGACACAGAGGAGAAUUAUGAUGAUGCCGUGACUCUGGACUGGAUUCAAGUGGGGGAGAGCGUUCUGGCCCCCGAAAGCCCUCCAGUUCCCAGUGGGAUGGACUAUGAUGAUGUGGGGGAGGAGCCUCCUGAAUGAGGAGGAGCAUCUUGAGAUUGGCACUUCUAACUGAGGAAGAGUCCGCUCACUCAAGUUUGGAUAGCAGAGCGUACAAGGAAACAUUUAUCCUACACAGUGUCACAAGGAAAAUAUUUUAAUGUGAUAAAACCACAUCCUAGUAGAUCAGCCAUUCAUCAAUUAGUAAUUCACCUGGAAUUAUUGACAGUAGAUUCCUUAGCUUGUUCAUAAAUUAGAACAUUGUAAGUGCUGGUACUUAUAUAAAUUGGCUAAAACAGCUUGCAUUCAUUGACACAAUGAAUCAAUUAUUGCAGUACUACUCGUUUCAUGCUGCUUUCAUUUCUACCCAAACUGGUUCAAUAGACUGGAACUUUUCUCUUUCAGCAUUUAAAAAUCUGU